AUGUCGAUCGACACGACGGAAAAGGUGCUGGCUGAUCGGCGCUUCGACACGGCGCGCGAGCUUGUGGAGGAGAUUGCGUUCGCGCAGAACCGACGCAAGCUUUUCGAGACGCUCGCGGACGUGCUCGAGCGCAACUCGAUGGACAUUCCCUUCGCCAUGUGCUACAGCAUCUCGGACGAGCGCUCAUCGUACCCAAACGUUGACCUGACGCUGGAGGCGGCCAUCGGCAUCCCGGACGACCACCCCUGCUGCCCCUACAAGAUGCAAGUGCCGCUUCCUGCGCGAAGGAGACCGAUGGCCGCGCCAAUGCAGGAUUUACGGCCGGAUCUGCUGCACGGCAGCCCGUCGCCGAGCAUCAGCUCGCGGCGCAUGAGCUCGCGCUCCAUGACGAGCUCGGGCGGCACGAUGCGCGGGCAGUCGUACAUCGUGAGCGAGGACCGGACGGCAUGGCCAAUCGCCCAGGCACUGCAGGUCCGGCAAUGUGUGGUGAUGGACGAUUGCUCCGAGCUUAUCGAGGGCCUGCCGCUGCGGCAAUGGGACAUGCUCCCCGAUCAGGCCAUCGUCGUGCCUAUCAUGAACAACCACACAAGCCCAAGUGCCGUCCUUAUCUUGGGCCUGAACGUACACUCGACCCUGGACCAGGCGUACCUCGACUGGAUUCACGUGCUGCGGGGCCACUUAGCCUCGGCGAUCGCCUCGGUCACCGCGUUCGAGACGCAAGUCUCGCAACGAUUGGAGCGCGAGAAGCUCGAACGAGCCAAAACGGCGUGGUUCCGUGGCGCCGCGCACGAGUUCCGCACGCCGCUGACGCUAAUCGCGGGGCCGCUUGAGGACGUGCUCUCAACGCCGCUAGACGGCGAGCAGCGCAACACGAUCAAGCUCGCGCAACGCAAUGUUCAGCGACUACAGCGGCUCGUCACUUCGCUCCUCGACUUUACGCGCAUAGAAGCAGGCCGUCUGACAGCACACUUUGCACCCGGCGACUUUGGGCAGUUUGUCGAGAACAUCGCAUCGCUCUUCAAACCUGCCCUCGACCGCAAGGGAAUCGAGUUCCUUCUCGACAUACAGGAGUCUAGUGACCUUGUUUCGUUCGACCCGGUGCUCUUCGAGAUGGUGCUCAGCAACGUGCUCUCAAACAGCUUCAAGUACACGGCGACUGGCAGCGUCACGCUCAAGGUGUGGUUCGACUCGAAUGUGAACCUCUCUGUCGUCGAUACCGGCAUCGGCGUCGGGGAAGACGAGGAAGUCGGCAAGCUUUACCACCGCACGCAGACAGCCGUUCAGAGCGGCGUCGGCGGCACUGGCAUUGGUCUCGCGUUGGCCAAAGAGAUCGUAAAGCUGCACGAGGGCGAGCUGUCGAUCUCGCAGAAUGCCGACGGUAUCGGCACGCACGUCUUGAUCUGGUUCCCGAAGGACCACCUCGAGACCGAGGACUACUUCUCCGUCGCGCCGAUUGGAGCGUACGUCCGCCAAACCGCCAGCGAGAUGGUCCUGUCUACGAUCGGCGAGGAGGUCGGCAGCGAGUGGUCCGGUGACACAGGUCGCGACUCGACCAGCAGCAUCGGUACGCCGCUGACGAUGGGCUCCUCGCAAAGCAUAUCUGGCACGAGCUCGGUCGCAGCGCAAGCACUCGGCGAGGCGCUCAUGUUUGAGAAGAGUGACAUCCUCCUAGUGGUGGACGACAACGAGGAGCUGCGGACGUACAUCUCCCACAUCUUCUCGCCAUUCUGCACGGUGAUCCAGGCCUCAGGCGGUGACGAGGCGUACAAGCUGGUCAAGAGUCAUCGACCGCAUCUCGUCCUAUCGGACCUGCUCAUGCCGGCAUCGAGCGGAAUGGACCUGCUCCUCGCGAUCCGCAGCUCCGAAGACCGCGGUAUCAAGAGCACGCCCGUCAUCAUCCUGUCGGCGAUCAACGACGACGAGACACGCCUCGAAGGCCUCGUCGGUGGCGCGGAGGAGUACAUCUCGAAACCGUUCAAGCGCAACGAGCUCCUAGCCCGCGUACACCUGCACAUGCAGAUGGGCAAGCGACGGGCUGCUCUCGAGGACCUCUUCGCUCAGCGCGAGCAGGAGAUCGCAGUUCUCUCUGACCACUGUCCCUCUGGCAUCAUCCGCGCCGACGCAGAUGGACGAAUCGUGUAUGCGAAUGCCGCCUUCUGCGAGCCCGCGGGUAUCACCGCCAACGACAUUACUCGGGACACGGACCUACUCGCGCUGUGGAGCAAGUGCUGCGACGCCGACAUGGUCGAGCUGAUGGGCGACAAGUGGGCUGCGAUCUUUGACGGUGAAGCCGCCACGACCAACGUGACGUGGAAGUGGAAGACUGGACGCACGAUGACGGCAAACUUCAUCCGCCUCGACCAGGUCCGGCCCAACAUGAGCGGCAUCAUUGGCUGUGUCACCGACAUCACCUAUCAGGAGGAGCGGCUGCAGGAGGCGGAGCAGCGCCGCAUCGCCGCCGAGGAACAGAAGCGCUCUCACGAGCGUCUCGUCGACUUCACGAGCCACGAGAUUCGUACCCCCGUCAGCGCCAUCCUCCAGUGCAGCAGUAUCGUGAAGGAGAACCUCCUGUCACUGCAGGAACAGCUGCAGGAGGACGGUACGAUUCGCUCUUCUCCGGCCCUGCUGGCGCAGGUGAACGAGGACCUCGCCGCCCUCGACAGUAUCCACCAGUGCGGCCUCGUACAGGAACGUAUUGCAGCGGACGUGCUGUCACUCGCGCGCAUCCAGCUCGACAUGCUGUCCCUGCACUCUGUACCCGUUGACAUUGCCGAGGCGGGCCAGAGCGCUCUCAACCUCUUCAAGGCCGAGGCCAAGAUGAAGCGGAUCAACAUGGCGCUCGAGUUCGGGGACACGCUGCGCGAGACGGGCGUGCAUGCCGUGAAUACGGACCCCGUCCGGCUGGGCCAGGUUAUCACGAACCUGAUCAGCAACGCGAUCCGGUUCACGUCCACGUCGACUGUGCGCGACAUCACCGUCGCCUUCAAUGUCGCCUGGGCGCCGCCGACAACAAAUUGUCUCCUUCCUCCCGAGGCCGUGUACCCGCAGAACUGCCCGCCGGGCACGCCUGUGUAUCUCUACGUUGCGGUCCGGGACACAGGGCCAGGCAUGACGCCCGAGGAGCGCGACGGCCUGUUCCAGCGCUUCCACCAGGGCAACAAGAUGAUCCACACGCAGUACGGCGGCAGCGGGCUCGGUCUCUUCAUCUGCAAGAACAUCACGGAGCUCCUGGGCGGACGCAUCGAGGUCGAGUCGGCGGUGGGACGGGGGAGCGAGUUCCGCUUCUUCAUCCAGACCGAGACGGCAUCGAUGCCCCCGCCCAAGGUCGUCGAGACGGAGAUCAAGCAGCUGCAGCACAUCCAGAAGAUGAACGUGCUCGUCGUCGAGGACAACGACAUUAACAGCACCGUGCUCCGGCGCCAGAUCCUCAAGGCUGGUCUGGACUGCGACGUGGCCGACAACGGGCUCGUGGCCCUCAACCACCUCUUGGCCGUGCAGGACCUGCCCCCGCUGACGCCCGGCAGCGAGGCGAGCAUCAACUUAGAGCCGCCUCUGUCACCCGUUGGAUCGGCAGGCUCGGCCCAGAGGCAGCCCUACGACGUGGUCCUGAUGGACCUCGAGAUGCCCGUCAUGGACGGCCUGACUGCUGUCCGUCGCAUACGGCAGUUCGAGGCGGAAGGCAAACUGCCCGGUCACCAGCUCGUGAUUGCGCUCACGGGCAAUGCGCGCGAGGGCCAGAUCGAGGAGGCCCUCAAGUCCGGCAUGGACGACGUCGUCAUCAAGCCGUACAAGCUGCCCCAGCUGCUGAGGACGAUGGAGCAGGCAGUCAUGGGCCAGAGUCUGGGCGAUCUCCGCUUGAACUGA